AUGCUCUGCACCCUGCUCUACCUGUCUGCUCUCAUCGGGCUGGCAGGUGCUCAGAUAUUUUCCCUCCCUGCAGUGUUUAACAUCAGCUCAUGCCCCAUCACGUUUUAUGGACAGAAGUACGAACAAAUCUAUGUGAACUCCACAAAUGUCUGUUUCAUUGACCUUUUCAACAAUCAAACCAGACAGGACUGUAUUGUAGGUUUUCCAUUGUUGGCAGGCAAGGCUCUGUUUCAGAUAAAUCCAUUUCCAUCAAAGGAUGCGGAAAAUUAUAUCCAUAUGACUUUACCAACUAUUACGGGCAACAUAAAAUGCAUAGUAGGUGUUGGAAGUCUGAGUGAUGUCUAUCUAGCUAACUUUGGGACACAAACAGCUGUAAUAAUAGGCGGCAGUAUUUCAUCUGUGAUUAGUUUGAUGGUCAAUGGUAUCACAGUCGAUACACUGAAUUCUAACACAUUUUGGCAGCUCUUAGACGUCAGCAGAUGCAGACACUCAGGUGUUUUGUAUAAAUAUGGUGAAGUGGUGAGCUCUGAUCCAGAUACCUGCUCCUGUGUAACCUGUGAUGAUACUGCUGUCCUCAGAGUCACUGGCUGUCCACGCACUGGACGAUGUCAAGGCAACAACACCUGCGUGUUUGACUCCAUCUGCACUGUGACCGGCCCUACUGUCAUAGACUUUCUCAGCCAAGUGAACUCUGUCCCGGAUCGGUGUGCGUACUCUCUACUGUCGGGUUCGUCUGUCCCAGGCUUCCAUGUGCUUGGGAACUUUCGGGAACGUCGACGUAAAGAUGUGAGCUUUGUGGACAGUGUGACACUGCAACUAGACGGGCCUGGUGUUCAAAUUCAAGUGGACCAAGACGGGAGAGUUUGGCUGGACAAGAAUACGUUGACCCUUAACAGCACAGCUCAGGUGGUUCACGGUGUGGAGCUCUCUAAGGAUCAAACCGGAGUCACUGCAAAGGUGGUGCUGUCUAACAAGGUGGUGCUUGUCUUCUUUGAUGGCAACACGGCACAGAUCCACUUAAAAGCACCUGGUGGAAAAGAUCCAUCUCUGCAGGGUUUGUGUGCCAACUCCAGUGUUCCUUUGAGCUCAGUGAGGCUCCCUGCUGCUUACAGUGCCAGUGGCUGUGAAGUGCAUUACAGUGACUCUGCUGACAGUUCGAUCAACUGCACCAUGAUGACUGAACGCUGUAAUCUCCUGAAUGAGGCUCCCUUCACCGCCUGUCACAACUACACCAACCCAGAGCCCUACAUAACCGCUUGCACCGACACUAUGUGCAAUUAUCCUCCGGCAGACGGUCUACACUGCCAGUUCCUGGAGGCCUACGCCAGAGCCUGCAGCCUGUACAGCUCCAACACACUGGAGGACUUGAUGUCAGAGGCCGGCUGCUCACCUCCUAAGGCUUUCUGUCAGGGCAAGAUGUGCAAUGCUCACGAGUUCUGUGCCGAGAACACGGGAGGUGAACCCAGCUGCUUCUGUCGGGCCAUUUUUGCCUCUCCGUACAUAUCAGCAGGCACUUUCGGUGAUCCAACGAUCUGCAUGCAGAACUCUGCUUCAGUUACUCUGGUCGGUUGUCUUCUGGAGGAAAAAGGCUUCAACUAUUCGGCCUUGCACCUCAAUGACCAGACCUGCACGGGUCAGGUAGACGAGCAGACCCACAUGGUGACCUUCAGCUUCAACAGCAGCAACACCUGUGGGGCGGUGGUCACGAUUAACAACAGCCAAAUAUUCUACAUGAACACCAUCAAGAGCCAGAACAGCUCCUCUGACGUCAUCACUCACCAGGACCAGGUCUACAUCAACUUCUCCUGCUUCUAUACUCAGCCAGACGUCAAGACUGUGGCCUUCAGAAUCAUGGACCACUCUGUGAUCCAGCAGAUCACAUCUGGACCUUGGAAUUACACUGUGACCAUGAAGGCCUACACCGACGCCGGCCUCACACAAGCUGUGGAGUUGAGCACCGAAGUCCAGCUGAACCAGAAGAUCUGGGUGGAGCUAAAGACUGACGGGCUGGAUGGUGGCUUGGUUACCGUAGUGACCGACUCCUGCUGGGCAACCAAUCAGGCCUCGCCCAGCGGGAGUCCAAGAUACGACCUGAUCAUUAAGGGCUGUGCGAACCCCACUGACCGGACGGUGCAGGUCAAGGGAAACGGACUGGGACCGUCCAACUCCUUCUCCUUCAACAUGUUCCGGUUCUCUAGUAACUCUGGUGACGUCUACCUGCACUGCAAACUCAACCUGUGUGUCAAACAGAACAACAGCUGCACUCCGAUUUGUAACGGAGGUGCUCGGAGACGCAGAUCUGCCAGGGUGCAAUAUGAAGCCGACUCCUCAGCCUUCAUCACCAUGGCCUGGACACAUUAGGUUGUUUCCACGGUGACUCGGACUGAUUGACAGGCUGUCGACCUUCCAGGGCCUGGGUGUGUGCAUCUUUCGGUGAUUUUAUUUAUCAAAUUAUCAAAAAACAUAUCGCUACAUGGUGAAGGGAAGUGUGUGUGUAGGGAAACUUGGGAUUAAUGACAUGUAUAUACUAUAUACAUGUCAUUAAUAUAUUAUAAAACAAAUAACAGAGGAAAACAGUGAUUUCAGUACAACUGCAGCAUUAACACAUUAUGAUUUACAGAUUCCAGUUCAAUCAAAACUGUAAUUUAAAGACCCAAUCUGUGAAGCCGCAUGAUACCAAAAACUCAAAAACACAAUAUUAGAUCAUUUUCACUGUCCACUUUUCUGCAACUCAGGAAAUCAACUAAAAGUAAAUAUGAAAUGAUUUAAUAAUGUGGAAAAUUUAUUUUGUAAACACUGGUUUAAAAGUUUUAAACAUAUUUUAUAAACUUCACAUUGUGUGAUUACACCUAAAAUUUACAUACAGACUCCUUAACGUUUGUUCAAUCAAAACUGUGACCUUCAGGAUGCUGGGGAAAUGUGUUGUUUCAUUUUUAUUAUGUUACUAUUGUUAUCAAUCAAAAUUAAAAUGU